GUCGCGGCUUCUCUUUAGGGAGGGGCUUCGGGGGGAUUAAUGCAAUAAAGCGCAGGUACAUCUGCUCAGCAAAUCGGCAGCUUUUCCUCUACUGAUCCCCCCACCCAAACACACACAUCCUCCAAGCCCAAAGUCUUUCAGCCCUCCCCCGGGCAAUUCCACAGAGAUCCUCUCCGCGCCUGAUUGGACGAGGAUGGAGCGGCGAGGGGCGAGAACAAUAGCAUCAUCCCUCCUUAAAAAGAGUGCAGCUAUGUAGUGAGAGCGGAAAAAACCGAAAUAACACACAAAAAAAUCCCCCAAAACAUUGCUGGGGAGGGAGGUAGGAGGCAUACAGGCAGGCACACCCUUAUUGCCUCAAACCAAAAGGUAGCAGCAGCCCUGGAUCACGCACAGCUCGUGGCGGUUUCUUCUCCAAGUGCCUUCAUCCAAGUGUCCGCCUGCUGCCGCUGCUGCUGCUGCCGACGCCAUGCCCAAAGGCUUCCUGGUGAAGAGGAACAAGCGAGCAGCGCUCGUGUCCUACCGGAUUCGCUGUGAUGAGGAUGCUCAAGCUGCAAGCGGAGCCUCGAGCCCGGACAUCGCGGCCACACUAUCAUCCUCCUUAUCACCAUCCUCAUCACCAUCAUCACCACCGUCAUCUUCAUCAUCAUCUCCACCACCACAACCACUACUACCGCCAGGGCUACCAGCCCCACCACUCCCUCCAGUCCCGCUGCGGCCGCUACUCUCCUCGUCCCUGUCGAAUGCGCCUCUUCACGCUCGCGCCGCGAAGCCCCCAGUGCAGUUCGGCAACCCUGAAGCCGCCUGCCAACCGCUGUACAGUCCCACGCGACCCGUGAGUAAAGAGCACGAGCGGACGCGCUACUUUGAGAGGAGUUUCAACCUGGGCUCACCCAUUUCCGCCGAGUCCUUCCCCUGCACCCCCGCCUCCCUCACUGGCCUGGACCACCUGCUGUUCGCGCCCGUGGACUUGAAGAUCGGCACGAGCCGCAGCAGCCGCGCCGGAACCGCGAGCGGCACCGGAGGCGCCAAACGGCCUCUGGCUGAAGGCGGCGCCGAGCGGAAGAGCAAGGGCGGCUCCAAGAAACCCAAAGCCAUGCGUAAGCUGCACUUUGAGGACGAGGUGACCACGUCUCCGGUUCUAGGCCUGAGAAUCAAAGAGGGACCGGUGGAUCCAAAGCCGCGCGCGCCCGGCGCAUCCUCGUCAUCCUCAGGCAGUGGCAAACCGCUGGGCGAGUUCAUCUGCCAGCUGUGCAAGGAAGAGUACGCGGACCCGUUCUCUCUGGCGCAGCACAAGUGCUCGCGCAUCGUGCGCGUGGAAUACAGGUGCCCGGAGUGCGACAAAGUGUUCAGCUGCCCGGCUAACCUCGCCUCGCACCGGCGCUGGCACAAGCCGCGCGCGCAAGCGCAAGCCGGCACCAAAGGUUCAGAAGCCUCCAAACCAUCGAGCGCUCUGCGCGCCUUCGCUGGGGCCAAGGACGCUGGUGUUGAGCUGCCGCGCGACAGAGACUGCUCCUCUUCCAUCAUCUCGUCCUCUUCCCCGCGGAGUAUCGAAGGGUUCGAGUCCGAGUCUGGGUGCGGGUCCGGGUCUGAGGACGGCCGCGGAACCAAGAGCUUUAAGCGGCACGCGCACAAACCGACCAGAGCCGAGAGCCCGGACAGCGCAGCAUCCUCCGGCGAGGACGCGCCCAGCCCGAGCACGAGCCCGAGCCCUAUCCUGGGCCACAACCAGAGCCAAAACGUUCCUAAUGCAGUGGAGCGCCUCCUCGCGUGCCCAGUGUGCGGCGAGAGCACAGUCGGUAGUGCAAACCUGGAGCGCCACGUGCGCCUCCUGCAUGCAGCCCACGUGUUCCCGUGCAAGCACUGUCCGGCCACUUUCUACAGCUCGCCGGGUCUCACCAGGCACGUCAACAAGUGCCACCCCACGGAAAAGAGGCAGGUAGUGCUGCUGCACGUGCCAGUGCGCCCCGCGUGCUGAUAUGAUAACAGAGCGAGAAAGGAAGAAGGAGACAGAGAGAGAGAAAGAUCGAACCAAGCAGCGGCCUUGAAACUAAAAGACUCAGUUUUAAAAAAGGUCUCUAUAUUCUCAGAUUCCCCCGCCACGCCGAGUAGCCUAAAGAAGAAGAAAGUAUUAGUUUGGUUGUGGAAUGGUAUUUUUCUACCCGUAUUCUAGCUUCUAGACCUAAGAUAACGUCCCACUUCGGUGUACCUCCAUAAAAAGAAGCCUCGAAUUCACAUGCUGUACAAUUUCCUUCAUCCGUAGCUUUAAUCUAUAGUGUGUGAAUUGCAGGACCUGGAGACUUUCUCCUGUCAGGAGAGUUUCCCUUUAGCAUAGAACCACAAAUGCCUUUAGAGAACCACGUCAAACUCUCGCUGUACAACUCUGCCUUAAGAAACACUCGGUGUACUGAUUGUUUAUUUGUUUCUACCUUCUUUUGUUGAAUCUUGAAUGUCUGCACAUAUUUACGAUUUGCUAUCAUUUAAUAUAAAAUGCCUGUAAUAUGUUUUAAUCGUAAUAUUUUAUUUAUUUAUGUAUUUAUUUAUUAUUUUCGCCCGUUUUAUGUGAAUGAUUGUGAGGUAAUUCGUGCGUCCUGUUGUGUCUCAUCUCGUAGCCAAAAUGAAUUUUUGUUUUGUUGUUGUUGUCGGGUUUAUGAGUUCUGUAGGCCUGUGUCUUCAGUGGUCUUUACAAUCUCCUCAGCUCUUGUAAACGUGAAGCUCUUAUAGAUGCAAUCCUUUUCUAUGAACAGCUUAUUUUCGUAAAUGUUUGCUACUAGCGCUUUAAUUGUCCUUGUCGUGUUGUCUACUGAAAACAAUAAUAAAAUAUUUUCAAACUGAA